AUGGCGGCGGCAGCGGCGGAGAAACGCCGGUUCUCCAGCGCCACUCGGCGCUCCUGCACCGCCCGCCACGAGCAGGAGGAGACAGCAGCGGUGCAGUGGCCGUUGGCAGGCGGCGGGCCCCGCCUCCUCCCGACGCUCCGGGAUGAGGGGGCGGGCUCCCCGGCGCCCAAUCACAACGCACCGCUCGCAGGGCCCGCCCCGCGUCGGCCUGCCGGAGCCCCCAGCGAUGGGAAGACCUCAGACUGCUUUUGUGACCUGGGAGGCGGUAUUGAUCAAGUUGAGGCCCUGAGAGACCCUGGGGCGCCAGCAGUCCAGUUCUGCUGCGCUUUCUCCCCACUUCCUUUUCACUGCCCAGGUUUCCUGUCCUUGAGGUCCCAGGCCUGGGGUGCCUUGGAUGGAAACUCGGUGAGGAGAAGGGGGCUGCGAAUUCUGUUCAGACUCAUCUUUUCCUCCGCGGCUUUUGGUGACGUCUGGGGAAACCUGAGGGAAAGGAGCCUGCCGAAGGACCCUCCAGACAGGUGUAGACGUCUGGCUACAAAAGUCUGUGAGGGGAGCCUGCUUGUGCCGGUUAUUGAUUUAUUGCCUCUCAACUCCAGAUUCACCCUUUUUGACUGCACUGUGAAAAUGGAUCUGGGCCUUUUAAAGCAUCAUCUAUUUUCUGCUGGCAUCCAUGAAACAGUAACAGGCCCCAGACUCUUCACAUAUCCUGAAACUACUCGCCUACCUAAGAGAAUCUUGACAUUAUUGGCAUAAUCUCCACCAACCUAUGGCCUUCCUCCCAUGAAAGGAAGCUGAGAGACGGGAUGAGUCAAGUAACAUAAUAAACUUCUGAGAAGGUAGGAAGAGGUCCAGAGCCAUCCAAGUGAGUCCAGAUCCAGAACCAAUUGUCCAGGUACUCAGCCUGAAAGCAGUGUUCACACAGGAACAAUCAUGUUUAAAUUAACAUCAAGAACACCUUUGAAAGAAUGUGAGCAAUAUUUGGCAUUAGAAGGGAGCCUCUUGAGUUUCACUUUGAUAGUAGUGUAUAAGGUCUGAAUAGAUGUUAUGUGUUUGUUACUGACUUGGGUCUUAGAUUCUUUAAUCAAUAGAAAUUGGUAAGAGGCCAGAUAAGGAAUUCAGGCAAAGCUUUAUUGGGACUCAUGCUGCAGCAUGAGGGAGCAAAAACAAAUAGUUUCCCUUGCUCACUG